GGGCUAUGGACAGGACGUGUACCGGAUGAUUGGUGAAGCCAGUAUCCGUGAUGCCCGAAAGGCCGGUGCUGAGGUGGUAAAGCAAGUUUCCAACCCCCUCGUCUCCGGUCUCCUGUAUCCUCUUCUGCAAGCCCUCGACGAGGUCUACCUCAAGUAUUUGCCCCGGCUGGGUUACAAGAAGCGUAUCCAUCUGAUGAACCCCAUGGUGCCUGGUCUCACGGGUGGCAAGAUGUCCGCCUCCGAGGUGGACUCGAAGAUAGACCUCCUUGAACCGAGCGCCUCGGUGAGGGCCAAACUGCAGCAUGCAGUCUGUCCGCCUGGUGUGACAGCUGCUGACGGUAACGGUGUCCUCGCCUUCCUGAAGUAUGUCGUCUUUCCGUUAACGCAUCUGGACGCCGCCGCGAAGGGUGAGGUCUUAUUAGUUGCAGAUUUUCAUUUUCGUAGGAAUUAA